GAAACCCCUUAAAAGCUUUAUUCAGUAACUGAACCUGACUCCAUCCAGCUUUUCCUCUGUAGAUUUGACAUUCGGUGCCUGCAGUUUUUCACUAACCACGUGGACUUUAACUAGCAUUUUGACAACCUCUUAAAACAACUCUUAACAUAAAAAGUACAAAUGUGAUAUCGAUAUCAGAGGUUCCCAAACUUGAUUCCGUUCAGAGGAAAAAUGUUAAUAUUUAACUAUCUGAAUAUUUUACCGUUGCUAUGCAACAUGAAAAUCUGUUAGCGGUCGGUGCAACGUAGCUAGCAAACUAGCUAUAAACUGAAAAACCGUCCUGUUUGUGUGAUUUGUUUUGCUCGCAACUGUUACAGACAGUAUCGAGCAUGUUCAGAACAGUGGUAUGAUUGUUUACAGAAUUAAACCAUUAACGCAAAGCUAAAGGUUUUUAAUUAUUAACGCUAGCUAUAAGUGGGGAAAAAAAAUUCUUAUCUAAGCCAAGUGGCUAAAUUGAAUCUGUCACCAUGAUUAGAUGUGAUCGACGCCCGGCAGGUUGGAAGUCGCUGAAAUAGACACAUUCAUUUGAUGCCAGGUGACAGGUGGUCUCUCUAGCCACUUUUUCUGCCACGAGCGCCGGUGUCCAAGCUGAGCAAAAUCUCCUCCAUCUGCAAACGUUUGGCAGUGCUGAUAACAUUGCAGCCCUGAAAGACUUGGAUGAAACCCAGGGAGAUGAGGGUGUUGGCCCUGGGGGAAUGAGGACACUUAGGACAGGGCAACUGCAGUCCAGCCCAAAGUAUGGCAGUGACGAUAACUGUUCUAGUAGUGCUACUUCUGCAGGAGCCUCUGGAGGACCCCAUAGCUCCAGGGUCAAUACCCCUGAACAUGCCCAGGCAUCAGGCUUUGAUGAUAUACUCUAUCUGAUCCAAGAUCUUCGGGAAAACCAAUAUCGACUUAAGGAAUCCUUUGAAAACUUAAAAUCCUACCACCAACAAGAGUACACAGUGAUUGUGGAGGCCCUAGAAGAGGAACGAUACAGGUGUGAACGUUUAGAAGAACAGCUCAAUGACUUGACAGAACUGCACCAGAAUGAAAUUCUGAACUUGAAAGAGGAACUAGCCAGCAUGGAGGAGAAAACUGCUUAUCGGUCGUAUGGUAGAGCAACGGAUAUUCAUGAGGCACUGGAGGCCUGUCAGACACGUCUCUCCAAGAUGGAGCUGCAGCAACAGCAGGUGGUGCAGCUUGAGGGUUUGGAGAACAUCACAGCACGGACUCUUCUUGGAAAACUAAUUAAUGUGCUGCUAGCUGUUAUGGCAGUCCUUUUGGUGUUUGUGUCCACGGUGGCUAACUGUGUCGUCCCCUUGAUGAAAACCUGCAGCUGCGUGCUUUCUGUACUCCUCUUCAGCCUUCUCUGGAGGCAUUGGGAUGCCAUUUCAGAGUAUUUGCAUCACUUUCUGUGGUCGACCUCCUGAAAAGGGAAACUAAAUAAAAAUUGUUGACUCAAGCAUCACUCUGCAUCCCUAUCAUGAAUCUAGUGGAAGCUACUGUACUAAAGCAUUAAUGUUCCACAUUUGUUUACUGAAGUCAACUUUAAUGUUCUCGUACCUUUUGGAAGUUGCAUUAAGUUUUUAAAAAUGGAAACUUUGACAUCCUAUUAGUUGAACAGUGGUAGCAACACAAGUUCCUGUAUGUUUACUUUUUGUUAAAAGUGUAAACACUAACAAGUUCUAGGCUACCUUAUCAGUCUCCAAGAGCAGGUUGUGCUGCUGUAGUGGAAUACUAUUGGGCCAAAAAGCGAGCACCAGUUAAUUUAAAUUCCAAUAUUUUAUAUCCUGACAAGCAGAAUAAAGACGCAGCAUUAUGGGCCAAAUGGAGAGUUUAAAAAGCACACAAGAGCUUAAAAUCUAAGAAUUUAUUACAAAACAAAACAGUACAACACAUCAGUGAAUUAAAAUUUACUCUGCAGCCUUCCUCCCUCGUUUCCCAGUUGUUUUAGAAGCAGGGGCAUCGCUGCCUGCUUUAGCUGCUUUGCUCCGGGAAGCCAUGCUUGCCUUUUCAGGAUUUGCCUUUACCUCCUUGGUGGCCUUUGCUGCUUUAGUUUUGGCUGAAUCAGAGGCUCCCUCGCCGUCCCCUUUCUCUGCAGUUUUUUUAGCUUUUGGCUUCUUUGCUGGGGCAACCUUUGUUUUAGUAGCAGCCUCUUUGUCUUUCUUUGACUUUUUGGGAGGCU